GGUGGCGCGGGGACUGGGGAAGGGCUUGAGGGGGGGAUCUCUUAGCCCCCUCGCCCUCCCUCUCCUCCCUGUCGGAGCCCUGAGCGCCGCCCCAGAAGCGGUCGAGGGAAUGUUGUGGGCUGGGGCACACCCGGGACGGCAGAAACUGGAGGAAGCGAGAGAAAUCGCCAGGGACCAAGGGCCCUCUCCUUGCAGUUCUCCCGGCUCUCCCCGCCCCACCGGCUACUCCCUCUUUGGCGCCCACUCUGCCUCAGGCAGACCCCGGGUUAGCAGCCCGGCCCCCUGCCCCAGGCACUUGAAUGCUUCCUUUCCGGAGAACUGCUCCAGCCUUCACUUUGUGGACGGGGAUUCCCUGAAGCCCGCACUGGAUCUGGGGCCUGCACCCUCAGAGUCGCCCUUCCAGGACGGAGUUCCCUGGGAUCCUUUGAGAGAAAGACAAACUCUUGAGUGGAUGAAAAUCAAGAGGAACCCUACCCAAGCAGGUACCCAGAACGCCUCAACCCCGGUGGCCGCAUCCCUGACUCACCACCACCACCCCAGGUGCCCAGCCCAGGCGAUAGCGGCUGGCGCGACCCGGGAAGAGGAGGCGGAGGCCAGACCCCUGCAGUCCAGCUUCUCCCGCGAAGCAGCUGACGGAGCUGGAGAAGGAGCGUCUCCUGCAGCAGUGCCUGCCCCAAUCUCAGCGCGGAGAGCCGGCAGCGGCCUUGCAGCUCCGCGACAUGCGGGUGAAGAUCUGGGUCCAAAGCCCGCGCCUGAAGCAGAAGAGCGAUGGUGGGCCUGGUCGCCGACCGGGCCGGGUGUCCCCGGUCACCGGCUCGGUCCCCCCAGCGGCGGCCCCUAGCGCCUGCACGCUGACCACAGUGGCAGAAGCUGCCUAGAGACUGGGCCGCUUGGCUCUUCUGCUGUGCUCUAGCUUUGUGACCUUGGGCCUCAGUCUGAUCAUCUAUCAAAUGAGCCCUUUGCAUUGGUGGAUUUUUCUCUGACUUUGGUUACCCUGCCUGUAUGUUUGCUGGUUAAGGAAGGGGUGAAGAUAAGGUCUUUUCUUCCAUUGGUGAAAAGAGAGUCUUCCUCCUUUACCAUCCUUAUCUCCAUCCCUGCCCCAGAAAGCGACCUUCCAGGUCUUGGGGUCCCUCCAUGCCAAAAGGGUGGAUUCAUCUGUAAAGAGCUUGGCAUGAAAAGCCAAACCCUGAAGGAGCCAGAAGAGGAAUCUCACACUUGAAAGAGAAGGAGGACAUUCCCUACUAGGGCAAAUGAACCUUUGGUGUGCAGUCUAUUUCAGUGAACUCACACAGAGAGAAUGAUUGGCAAGGUGGCUUUAGGUUUGGCCUGUAGAGGGGACAGACCUGAUGUAUGUAUGAUUAUGCUCUCCUGUACAGUUUGUGUUCUCUGGCUGCAACCACCUGGUUUCAUUCAGAGGAUUUUUUUUAAAGCCAAUUAGAUAAUUCCUUUGUCUCCCAAAGGUGGGAUCCUGGGCAGGUCACUGAGGUCAACCAAGGGCAGUGAGAGCCUUGAGGACGGGCGUGUUCAUAGCAAACCUUGCAAUUCUUUCUGAGGGAGGCCUCUACCCAGCACUUUCCAGCAUUUUGCUUUUUAGGCUUUUCCUCUCUUCUUUUCUGUAGCUCCUUCCUUCCUCCAUUUAUCUUUCUCCCUCUCUAUCUCUCUUUCUACCUUACUUCCUCCCUUUCUUCCCUUUCUUUCUUUGUUUUCUUUCUCUCCUUCCCUUUUCAUCUAGUCCAAGCUGGGCUCUGGAUAGCUUUGUAUUCCAGAAAGCUUUGCCCUGAGACCUUUAAGCUAGCUAAUACGCACCCUGCCCUCAAGAGUUCCCUACCUGAAUGCAGAUAUUGGGAUUGGAAGAUGAGGGGUAAAAUGGGGAGUAAAUUUUGCUAGCUAGAUGCAGGAUGAAUCAGCUUAUUUUCUGCAACAAUCACAAUUAUGACUUUUUCUCCCCAUGGCACACCCCAGAAAGUCCUUCCCCACCCCCACCCAUCUUCAAGCCACAGUCUGCCUGCAGACUGCCCCUGGCAGUGCAGUUGUGGUACACCCAGGCUGUUGUUGCUCUCCCAGGGUUGUGAGGGCCUGCAGGAGCUCACUUUAGUGCAGGGGCAUGAGGUCAGUGAUGCUGGGCCAGAGCCUCCAACUUUUAAACAAGCAAGGUCUAUUUCCCGAUUUCCAAUGUGUUUAGGGGUCCUUUUCCCUGGGGUGGAGAUUCUGGUCCAUUCUGGCCCUUGGCUGUCUCUCCAAGGAACAUCCCUGAUAAGUCAGGCCCACUGCCAUUCACAUCUGCUCAGCAAGCAGCCUCCUUGCCCCAACCUUUCUCAGGAUCUGAAAUCUCAGUGGGCAGUGCCAACAGCCGCAGCUACAUCCUGAGCCUGAUGCUGGAAAUGGCUUCUGCCUUUGGGCUCUCCUCCCUGUCUCAGCCUCUGAUGUUCUCUUCUGUUUGCUGUUGUUUUUCCUCCCUUUUGGGGGUGAUGGGGAACAGGGAGAUGAAAUGUUUCUCUCCAUGCUCCAAAUCCUUUCCCAUGGCCCCACCAACUUUAAAGCUGCUGAUGGUAAGGAACACAGCUUCCAGCCCUGCUCAUGAGCUGCACAGAGCAAAUUCAAAUUCUCUUCUGGCAGGAGGAAGGGCAAAUGCUCCUCAGUCCUGCCUCGCUCAUUGAUCCAUUUUUGAGGGCAUUUGAGGGACAAUAUUGAGACCAGAUUUAUCCAAUUGGUAUAGAGCAUCUCUCAUUACACCAAAGGCCCAGGUUUCUCAUAUCAAGGUCCAGGUAGCCCCUGGGGUCUUCACCCAGACCCACACCUCUUUUCUGGCUUCUCAAACCAGCAAUGAUUUAAAGGUUUGUUGAGGUAAGGGAAUGGAAGGGGAAACAAGCAAUUUGUGCCAUCUAGAAGUCAGUAGCUCCAUCUGUGCACUCCAUUAAAAUAUAUUCAGUACCUACUAUGUGCAAAGCCUUCUGUAUACCUCACUUUGCCAUGACUGUAAAAAAAACAAAACAAAACAAAACAAAAAAACAGCUCUUGCACAUGUGGGGCUUCAGUGUGUUGUGGACAAACACAUAAAUAAACCAAUGGAAAGAAAGUUUGA